CAUCCAAACAUAAUCAUAAUGGGAAUUAGAUGUUCAUAACCCCAAAAUUCUAUGAUAAUAUUUUAAACUCUUCGUUCAUUUGAUGAAAAAGAAUAACAAAAACAUUCAACUAGUUUAACUUUAAAUUAUGGGUUUCCUCAGAAGUAGAUUUUAGAAACGAACAAAAUUAAAAUUUAAUUAGAGAAAGAGUAGAAUUAUCCUUAAUAACCCACUGAUCCAGGCAGUCCUAUGUAAGCAUUGUCUGAAAAUACUUACGAAUGUUAUGAAUUUACUAAAGGAAAUAAUUCUUGUCCUACGACUAAUAGGAUGAAUAGGCUCUUUUCAAAUUCAAUUUCAUUCUAACAACAUAAGACUUUAAGUAUCAAAAAAAUUAACUUUUCUCCACCAAUAUUUAAUAAUCAAAUUAAUUAAGCAAAAAAAGGGAUAAUAAAAAAAAGUAGAUAUAAUAGAGAUUCAUAGUCUCCAAAUUCCUCUAAAAAAAUAAAAUCAGUUAGAUUUUUAGUUUCAGAAUAGGUAAGAGUAUCAACCUAGUUUAUUUAAACUAUGAGUUUGUGUAAAAAUUAGACUCGCAGACGAUAAGAUUCAUCAACUAUAUAUAGUAAUUGUAAUUAAUCAUUGCAUUACAAUAUUGAAUUCUGA